UCCGCCCGUAACGAAGUCCGUACGGUAACUCCCAUAACAGCUCCGUACAGUCUCCAUUACCGGCACUCUUCCCAGUCCCUUGUUUAAGUUUUCGAUGUUCUCGGUUUCGGUUUGGGACUCUCGGCUGUUUUUUGCAACUCUCAACUGCAGCGUCAUUUGGCUACAGGCGUCAGGCGUAUACUACAGACGAUGCGAUGCGAUGCGAGGCGAGGCGAUGCGGGCUUCACCGCUUCGCUUGGCUUUGCUUCUACCGCACAGGAGAGUGAGGCUCGCUUACUCGGUUGUCGUCGGUUUUGGACUUCGGUUGAUGGCCGGUUUUGAGAAUCGGCAGAUCAAUACUUACGUUUAGAUACCGCCAACCGCCGUUCCGUGUACGGUAGAGGUUCGUACGGCUCGGCUCCGGCAUCAAACACAGGCAUGCACCGAAUCACACCUGCACCGGUGUCCCUCC